AUGGAAGUUCCUACCCGUGCAACAACAAACAGCAUGGAUUUAAGCGCAAUGUUUGCUUCUAUGAUGGCACAAUUUAAAGAAGUCAAAGAAGAAUUUCAAGAAAAUUCCAGAGCUAACAACGAGAAGCUGUUAGCUAAAGUUCAAGAAACUUCUAAAGUAAACAACGAGAAACUUCUUGUUGGAUUUCAAGAAACUUCUAAAGUAAACAACGAAAAGCUGUUAGCCGAUACGGAAAUAAAAUUGCCAGAAACUUCUAUAGUCAACAACGAGAAGCUUUUAGCCAAUGUGGAAGCGAAAUUUCAAGAAACUUCUAGAGCGACAGACGAAAAACUUCAGCAAAUUUCGGAAGUCAUAAAGAGCAGAGUGGAUGAUAUUGAGAACAAGGUGCCCGAAUUAGAGAGCGGCCUUGAAAAACAAUCCCAAGAAGCAGCUAAGAACAUUAAGCCACCGAUAGAGGAUCAAAGUUCAUUAAGAAAAUCUGAUGGUACCUGGGCACGUAGUGCAAAGGUUAAGGCCAUAGUUUUCGCUGAACAUUUAAGCGAUCAUCAUCAUCAUCAAGCUGAUGGCGAUCUUUGCUUACUCUUCUGGCUGGUUAGUGAUGAUAACGAUGACGACCUAAAUGAUGACGAAGACGACCAAGAUCACGACGGAAACGAUGCUGUUGUAGAUGAUGCUGACAUAGAAGUAGGUAGAAGAAGUAGCAGUAGUAGUAGUAGUAAUAAUGACGCUGGAGAAAGUCUGCUAGUGUUGCUUAGCUCUCAGAUACUGGUAGACUUGGCAAAACCUAAAAAAAAGACGUUGGCAGCACACUAA